AUGCUGGGCAAAUUCAUCUCCGAAACAUACAACAAAGUGAAAAGCAAAGCAGAUGAAGUGAGAUUGCACGUAAGCGUUCAGGCAAUUAAGGCAAAGGAAGUUUUCGGACUCGUCAAACCAACAACUGUGGAGCAACUGGAAGUUUUACUAAACUAUGAGUUGCAACAAAUAGACACAGCGGAAUCCUUAAUAGAAACAUAUAAAAAAUGGAUAUACAAUUUAUCUCAAUCAGAAAAAAGUGACGCUAUAAGGUACUACAAAACUGUUAAUCGGGCCAACGAAAAGAGGGACUCAGGAAACUCGACCAUCCCUUCCUUCACCAACAGCAACGAAGAACAAAAAGAUAACACCUUCCAAGUGAAAAGAAAAAGCGAACUUACCUUAUCAAAUAGCAACAUCACUAGUGCUUGUAACAGUGACCUAGUUGAUCCUUAUGACUCCUACUGCAAUAGCGAGGAAGAACAUGCAAAGAGGGAAACAAAUCUGGAUGUACAAGAUCAAAAUAAUACAGGAAUAGCCACUGAAGAUAAGCUAAACGACAUUAUUGAUGCGGAGCCGAAGGGCAACGUAAAGUUAGGCACACAGGAAAUUCUCCCAAAUGUCGAAAGCAACACAGUACACGCAACCAACAACAAGGACAACAAUAAAACAAACUCAACAAACAAAUACGAACACAGCCAGAACAUAAACAAAGAACACCUAGAUAACUACAUCUAUGAUGAUCAUUACGGAUACAAUUUUAAAGAAUUUUUUUUAAAGAGUAACAUAUUAGAAAAAUCUAUAAGCCUUAUUUUAGAAAAAAGAGAAAUUAGAUUAUCGCUAGUUGGACCCAUAGAAAAAGACGAUCUAGAAAAUCCAAGAACCACCAUUCUAACCAUGUUCAGUCAUUGUCUAAUUGGAAAUCAAAAGCUCCAUAAAGAUAUCCUCUUCAUUAUAUUAACAACGGAUAAACUAUUUGACAAUCACAAAGAAUUAUUCUUAGAAUUACUAGCUGUUCUUAAGUAUGACUACUUAGAUGUGUACCUAAUGAACAUCAGAAAAAUAAUAUCAGCUGAGGUUCUUGCUUUAAAAAGUAAAAUACAGAUGUACGAUUCCCAACUCAUCAACAUUAGUAAGCUUUCCUCCUUGGACAUCAUCAGCCCGAGGACUAGCAUCUCCUCCAUCGACUUGGACAAGGAAGAGGGGCACUCCAAACAGUACACAUCGCGCCAUCCCGACAAGCGAGACGUAGAAGUACCACCACCCACAUCCAGUUUCGAAAGUUUGGACAGCCAACCAAUUUACGCACACUCACUCGGAACAGCGAACAAAACAAACUCACCUAACCAAACCAAUGAGGAAAAUACAUUCGAAACGGAAAGCAAAUGCGAAAAUGAAAACCCCCAAACGGAGCUCUACAAAGAAGACUGCAAAAUGGAGUCCCCUGCAGAUGAAAAAGAAAUUAUAGAAUCGAACAAAAUGCAGCAAAUAAAAAUAUUGGCCUCGGCCAAACUGAUAGAAUUACACAAAAUGCUACAAAGGAUACUCCAACUAGCCACGGAAAAUAGACAACAGAGGAAGGUAGAAAUCAAAAUAAAGUUAGAAGAGCUUAAGAAAAUCAUGGAGGUCUGCAAAAAGGAUUGCGAAAUAACACUGCACGACACAGAAGAUUCAAAAGUACAUAUAGAAAAUGUAUACGUAAAGGAACUAGACCUAAAAACAAACAGUAUCAACCAAGCACAACAACAAGUAGAUCAAAUGAAGAAGGAUAUAGAAGAACUAUUAAUAAAGAAAAAAAACAUAUUCAAUGAAUAUCAACUUAUAUGCAAUGAAAUAAACACAAUGAACAAACAACUAUCUGAAGCCUUGUCUAACUUAACAAAUUACAAAAAAGAAUUAAAUCAAACCGAAGUGGAGUACUUAAACAAACUCUCAAACACAAAUAAAGCCAAACAUAUGCACCAGGAGAGGAAAUUAUAUAUAUCUAACUUGGAUAAUAUCUCGGAUGAAAUUUUAAAAGAGUAUGAAACUUCGACCUACAUAAGUACAGAUGAGUUGGUUUCCAAAACGAUGAAAAUGAAGAAGCCCAUAAACAAAGUUAUUACUAACCAUUUAAUUUACUUGAAAGAUAAACUUUGCUUACUAAAUACAUUAUUAAAAUUUUAUGUCCAGCGGGUGAAGUUACUCAUGGGGAAACAACACACAGAGGAAGAAGAAGCGCAGGGGCAAAGUACCGAUGAGUGCAUUCCUGCGGAAGGGUGUGACAUGGGGGACACGCUGAGCCACUCCGCGAAAGACACGGCAAGCAACGCAAUGGGAGACAACCCCAACUCCUUCGCCUCCUCAAACCAUCAAGAACAGGAUAAAAAACUAAAGCUGAUCAAGUAUAAAAAAUGCUACUUCAAAAUUAUCGAGCAAAUAAGCAAAGUCUGGGUUUCUAUACAAGAAUUUUACGAUCUCAAUACAGAAAACAUAGACGAUACUGAAGCCGACUGCCCCGCUGAUGCUGUAUAUCAGCAGAUUAACAAUCUAUACAAUUGCAGCAAGCAAUUUAUCAUGCAAAAUGGCCCCAUCAUUUCGUCAAUUUCAUGA